AUGGGCUUGGGCUACUGCGGGGGAUAUGCCGGCCUCGGCUCGUGGGGUAUGAACGGCUUAUACGGCGCCGGCGGACUCGGCAUCUUCGCCGCCGCCUCGCUCCCCUUUUACUCUCUCUACGGCUACCCCGGCUACGGCUACCCCGGCUACGGUGGCUACGGCGGUGGGCUGUUGCUGAAAGAUGCGCAAGGGGCUGGUGCAACACCAAGCACAUCGGCAAGCCUAAGCUUCUCAUCCCGGUCGACUGCCGCCACUGAUCGAUUCUCCGACUAA